AAACAGACAAAGGUGAGUGGGACCAGAGGUUUUAAGAGCACCGCGUGGCGUUACACUGCUGACAGAAAACCAACCACACGGUUGUUGUCAUUGCUGUCUUGAGACUGAACCAAAGAGAUGGCCCAACUAGUUGAACUAGGAAAGAUGGGAAGAAAGAUUAAGCCACGCCAAACCCCACUCUCCUCCAUUUUCCUAGCUUUUUACACAGAAUUUCAUUGCACUGUUUUCUCAUUUCGCCCCCACAAAUACGUAGCCAUCACGGGUGUUAAACUUUAAUUUCCUCUCCCAAACUCACCAAUCACUGCUGCACAAGCCGCCUCGUAACCACGUUUCGCACACACUCGCCUAGAGAGAAAAAAGAAAGAGCUAAAUUGAAGUUGGCUUUAAGAGAGAGAGUGAGUGAGGGAUUAAGGCGCUUUAAAGAGACUAAGCGAAAGACUAAAAGUGAGUGAGCUUUAAAGACUAGAAGAUUUAGAUAGAGUCGAAAGAGAGAGAGAGAGAGAGGGAGAGGCUUAAUUGAAGAGUUAAGUUAGGGUUUCGAAUUUCGCAUCCACUGCCGUAAACGUGUAAGCAUGUAAGAUCAUUAGUUGCAAUCGUACCGACAAAAAAAAACAUCGUAACCUCGCCGGAACAAGGGGGAAAAAAGGGUUUAUCUUGCAAUUUUUCAACUUUGACAAAAUGUUGGAAUAUGAAUGGGGAAAUCCGUCAGCAAUGAUUCUAUCUGGUGAAGAGCCCCAUCAAGAACCAGACCCGAAUCGUCAGGUGUUCGAUCACUAUGCCACCACCACCACUACCCAGCAAUCUUUCAUCGAAACUCUCCUUUCCCAUCCAAACAACACUGCCUUUUCCCACCAAAACCAUUUCCCUAGCCCUAACCAAGCUCAAGCUCAAGCUCAACCCCAAUCUCACGCCCAUCUUCACUCCCUAUACGACCAACGCGCCUACUCUGGAGGGUCGCCUUACUCCACACCCCACCCUUCGUUGCUCUCCCUGGACCAUACUUCCGGCGCUGGAGGCAGCGGAGGCGGUUACUUUCUGGUUCCAAAGACGGAGGAAGUUUCUAGACCUGUUGACUUUACAGCGAGGAUUGGUCUCAACUUAGGUGGCCGUACGUAUUUUUCUUCUGCCGAGGAUGACUUUGUAAACCGGCUUUAUCGCAGGUCUAGACCGGGAGAUCCCAGUUUGACCAACUGCCCGAGGUGCCAAGUCGAGGGUUGCAAUGCCGAUCUUACCCACGCUAAGCACUACCAUCGCCGCCAUAAAGUCUGCGAGUUCCAUUCCAAGGCCUCCAACGUCAUCGCCGCCGGGUUGACUCAACGAUUCUGCCAGCAGUGCAGCAGAUUCCAUGUUCUCUCAGAAUUCGACAAUGGAAAGCGUAGCUGUCGAAAGAGAUUGGCCGAUCACAAUCGUCGCAGGCGAAAAUCUCAACAACAAUCCAAUAACGAAGAAAAUCAGAAGCCGCUCCUUCUUGAAAAUGGCCGCUAUGCCUCCUCUGACAAACCCACAAGGUCACCGCCGGAUUCUGUGGUUCAGUCUUCUUCAUCAGUAACCGUGGCAGUUUCGCCACCGCGAAUGUCAUUGGAUUGUUUCAGGCAAAGAGCUAAUUACAAUGCAACGGCAUCUUCAUCAUCAUCAAGCACACUUUUUUUCUCGAGUGGGUAUAAUGAGUAAUAAGUAAUGCCAUUGAACUGUAUGGAGAUUUAAGAGAAGCCUAAGAAUUAGCUUUUGCAAUAACAAGUUGAAUGUCUCUAGUAUGAUUUUCUCUUCACUUUUAUCUCUGAAAUUUCAAGUUGUAAUAUCAUUUGGUGUUAGCUUAUCCUAAACAUCAAGAAAUUUGGGCUAAUAUAGAGCAUCUAAUAUAUAUAAUUGCAAAUAUAUAUGUAUAAGUUCCCAAUUAUUAUUCUAAUUCGUAGUGUUUGUAUCUCUGCAUAUAUAGAAUAUAAUUUUGGAAGGGACAUGAUCAAUUGUCCCAGUGCGAGAGUGAAAAUUUUGUUUAGAAAGUACUCUUUUUCAUACGGUGUAAUUUAGUCAGGAACGGGGCUGUGCACUUUGCAGGUUUUUUUUUGCAUUUUGGGAAUCGAAUUGUUAUCCUUUUUGUCUGGUAUUGGAAUUUUCCCGGAAAAUGCUGCGUAACACUGUAUAUGUAAAGAAAAAUAACCAAAUGGCAUGGUACGAAAUUUCUGGGAAAGUUGAAAGGGGAGGGAGGGCUACUGGGCUAGGGACUAAGGAAGAGGAUAGGCAAUCAAGUUGUCUCCUCUACGGAAGCUGGCCGUACCGAAGAAAGCUAUCAUGAAGAAAAUCAAUCUGAUGUUUCCAAAUUCUCUCUCAUAACAUCAUCGUCGUCGUCAUCAUCAUUCAUUUCUGUGUGGCUAUGUUUUUGUUAGGAUUUCAGAGAGUGGUAAAAGAUGCUAAAAAGGGGCCCAUUAGACUGGGGCCUACGCGAGACAAAAUAUCGCCUUACUUUGUUAAUUUGACAUUUGAUUUGAUCGAUCUCAACCAGUUUAUACGUUGCCGAAGGAACCCAUUUGAUCUGUUCCCUGCCUUCGUCUCACUGAAAAAUUAUUCUGCCAUAUACUGAUAUGUUCACUUCUUUCAACAUAGAAAAUUUUGGAACAUUCAUAUCAG